CAGUUCAACAACAUGGCCAAUCCGGAGAAAAUUGAAUCGUUUCGACUUCCGCCACCCAAAUUCGGCGCAGACACGAAGAAAUCACUCGAUAAUUUCAAUAAGCUACGUAAUCCGCAUUUCUCCACCCCGUCAGGAAUGUUACUUCCGCGGGACAAUCAACCGCCGCCGAUGUACGGACCGCGUGGAUCGACCGUUCCACCUUGGUUGGUGAACCGACCUCAACAGCACAACUAUGGUUCGAAAGGACCGACCAAUCAUCAUCAGCGCUCCAAAGGUCCACAUCGUGGUCACAGCAGCUACUCUAAUGGUGGAUUCGAGAAGGAUGUCAUCCCGGAACUCUUAGAGGUGAACUGGUAUCUUUGGUGCGAAAAAUGCGAUGUGAAUUGCAGAACGGAAGACGAACUGCAGAAGCACUUGAGUGAACAUCGGAGUUGUGAAGUAGAAGGUUGCAAAUACGUAGGACACCCGUGGGUAAUGAAGCGUCAUUGGAAGCUGGUACAUGAUGAGCAAAAGUUACAGGAAAAGGCACACAUGGAGAGCAAGCAAUCUCCUGAAGAUAUAGAUAAAUGGAGAGCAGAGAGAAGAAUUAGAUAUCCUUCCAAAAACAAUAUCCUAAGAAGGCAAAGGGAACAAGAGGAAAAAUUUAAAAGGGGAGAGAGGAUAGAGGAAGAUAAGAAAAGAUUUCCAAAUAAAAAGCACCAAGAGCCAAGGAACGAUAAACAACGCAAUUUUAGAGGCAGUGCUGGAAAGCAACGAUAUGCUUCAAAAAAACCGAAGAUUUUCAAAGACACUGUUGAAGAGCAUGAAGACUCUGACGAAGAUACCAAGUCAAGAAUUUCCUUCAAGGGGACAUCGAAAUUGAAAGACUACAAAGAAGAAGAUACAAACUCAUUAUCUCUGUUAUGUGGAUAUGGCAGUGACAGUGGGGAAUGUUCAUCCGAAGAAGAACCAGAGCCUGAGCCAAUUCCAGACAGUACAACUAAAGCGGGCACCAUUCAAAAUGAGUUGGAAACCAUUAUGCCAGCGGAAACAAUUGCUUCAAGUACCUCUAAUUUGAGUGACGGAGAAGUUGUCGAUUCUGAAACGGAGCAGGAUAUUUUAAAUGAUGUUAAGGUUCAGGAGAAAUGUACCACAGAAGUUGACGAUGGAGAAGUUAAAAAUGAAAAUAAUCCAGAAAGUAAACCACCAAAUGAAGAAACCAAAACCAAACGCAAAAAUCGCACGCGCAAACGGCGAAAUGGAGGAUCGCAAGAUGAACCGUCUAGUCAACCCGGGCCUUCCAAAAUCACUCGGAUUGAGAAACCAUUAUUGAAUUACUCAAAACUUCGACACGCUCGACAGAAUACGCUGUUGGAAAAGCUUCUCGAACCGGACAUUCGCCACGAACGGAACGUUCUGCUGCAGUGUGUCCGAUUCGUGGUACAAAAGGGAUUUUUCGGAAUCGGUCAGCCGAAAACAUCGGCUUCCGAACAAUCGGACUAUCUAGAGUAAUGAAAUAAAAUUGUUAUUU